AUGCUAAUCUUUCUGGACCAUUCUAAGGUCAGGGGAAUUUCAGACUUCUUCACGUCGACCCGUGAACUCAGGUUUGCUCUGGACACGGAAACGUUAAUCAGUGAGGACCUCCAUUACUUCCUUUCCCUUGAAAGGCAUCGUCUGAACCGGCUUGAAGACGACGUUCUUCGACUAAACGAGCAGAUCGCCAUAGCCUAUGACUCCUUGAAAACUGAACCAUUGGAGUACUGGAAGAUAACGUCACUAUGCAACCAGGCUGCGAAGAUGGCUAGUGCCAGGCUGACGAGAAACCUUCACGACGCGUUCUCCUACUCCCCGCUUAAAGACUGGUGGCCCACGAAAAGCGACCUUACAGGAGCAGCACUGGGUAUAUGCCGACUUCGGGAAACUUACAACCUAACAGUAGACCAAAUGAGAAGGUUGCGUUCGUCCAAACUUCCGGAUCUGGACGCUGAUGACCUGAAGGAGCUCGCAGAGGGUUGCGCUGCCCAGGGAGACACCGAAAACCUGAACGCUUGGACCUUGGCCGCCUUGCAUCAAGCUCGCUCUGAAGGAGCGCUUACAUCGAACUUCCAACAGGCUACAACGAAUCUCCUCGAGCGCGUUAACCUGUCGACGAAUGCAGCGAAAGAGUCCGCUGAGUACAUGUCCAUGUGUGUUGCGAAUGGCGAUGUGAGGCCUCGUCAGAGCAAGCUCUUGUGCAAGAUAUCAACCAUUGGCGGUCACCCUUUCCUUAUGUUGCAACCUUUCAAAAUUGAAGUGCUCUCUGAAGAUCCUAGAAUCGUCGUCUUUCCCGACUUUUUGAAUCCUAGAGAAUGUGAAAUCUUUCGAAGUAUUUCACAAGAGAAACUUUCUCGCGCAAAAGUCUACCUGGGAGGGCCUCCAGAGGGAGGUUUCAGCCUCCGGCGUACCAACAAGAUGUCCGAUGACCUGCACCCUCUACUUGGCAAAGUGUCGCGGCGAAUCGCCCUGGCCACGGGACUCACGCUGACGUCAGCCGAGAUGUACCAGGUUGCCAACUACGGUCUGGGCGGCCACUACAUCCCACACCCUGAUUACGCCGGCUUUGGCGAAGCCCAGGGCGACAUUUAUAAAUCCUCUGGCAACCGACUGGCAACAAUGCUCAUAUACCUGGCCGACGUGGCCGGUGGGGGUGCGACGGCUUUCAUCAAUAUGAGGCUGGCGGUGAAGCCCACACUCGGCACAGCUUUGUUCUGGUACAACCUGAAGCCUUACGACGGUCCGAUCGUCAACGAGAGCUUCUGGAACCAGAGAAGGUGCGGAGACCCGCGAACCUUGCACAUGGGAUGUCCGGUUCUUACAGGUUCGAAGUGGAUUGUGACCAAAUGGAUUCACGAAAGGGAACAGGGCAUAGUGACGUACGAUCUCCCCAAUUAG